GUGAUGCAAUAUUGGCUGCUUGGAAGUGCACACGACCAGAUGAAAUAAGAAAGAAAGUUAUUCAAGUUGUGAAGUGCUGUAUUAACAUCCAGAGGACAUGUGGUGAAUAUCAGACUGAUGUUGGAGUAACACUACGAGUGAAGAUGGGUGUUGCAGCUGGCAAUACGACAAUCAACUUCAUAGGUAACAAGGAGUACUGCCACUAUGUAUCCACAGGGCCAGUGGUAGAGGAAGUGAACAAAGCAGAAUCCUUCUGUUGCCGCGGAGAUGUUGUCUUAUCUCCUUCCGCAUGGCAGUACUGCAACAAGAGGGUCAUUGACCAUGAAAUUCUGUCGGACGGGAAACACGUCAAGGUUCUUCAUGUGAUGGAUUUUGAUGCAUCCAACCCUUAUGCCAGUGCAGGCUCAGACGCAGCUGGGACCAAGAGGCAACUGGAUCCCCUGAGACCACCUGGAUCCCCUCAGACAGGGGCAAAAAAUGUCAGAGUUCAAAUUGAUGUUAUGAAGAUGAUGGCAAAGCGCCUUGGGGUCAAUCUAGACCAGGUGUUAAGAUUGUAUGUGCCAAAACCUGUGCUAAGAAAGCUUGAUGACAACUUGCCUACAGAAUACAUGUCUGAGAUGCGUCUGGUGUCCAUUGUGUUUGUUAACUUAAUGCUGUCUGAGGACCAGACAACCAGUACUCAUAGUCUGCUACAAGAUGCCCUGGAUAUCAUCUACCCUGAAGUCAGGUCAUUUCAAGGGUCUUUGAACAAAAUAUUCAUGUUUGAUAAAGGGUGCACCUUCCUGGUCCUGUUUGGUUUACCUGGCUUUAAACAUGAAGGGGACUGUGCCCAUGCCCUGCAGUGUUCUUACAGACUGAAGAACAAACUGGACAUGCAUAAAAAUAUUACGCAGACCUCCAUCGGUGUGACUACAGGUAACUCUUUUUGUGGAGUUGUGGGACACAAGGAUAGGCAUGAAUACACAGUCAUAGGUCGUAAAGUGAACAUGGCUGCACGACUGAUGAUGUAUUACCCUGCUAUAGUCAGCUGUGACAAUGAGACAUUUACUCACUCCAAACUGAACCGAUGCAAUUUCAAAACCAUGCAGGCAAAAAAGCUCAAGGGGAUGCAUAAGAUUGGCAUAGUUAGGGAAUACACUGAGGAAGGGAAAGAAAACAUGGCUAGUGAUGUUCAAACAUUUGAAUAUCCAUUACUUGGCCGAGAAAAAGAGAUGGAAAUUCUUGAGGCAGAACUCAAAGCAAUGAAGGCUAAUGGAGAAAAUCACAAGAUGCUUGUAAUUCGUGGGGACUCUGGAAUGGGCAAAACUAGAGUUCUGGAUGCCGUCAUCAACAGAGCUUUGAAUAUGAACAUCAAAGUUUUUUCAUGCACUUUGAAUUUGAAUGAUACCCAGACCCCUCUGUUUCUUGUGCGGAACUACCUGUAUCUGAUGUUCAACAUCCUUCCAAGCAUGAAUCAUCAUGAAAAAGAAAGAAAGCUCUCAGAAAAAUGUGCUGGCGUGCCAGAAAUAUUAGACAAUCUUUCUCUUCUAAAUACUUUAUUGGGUCUCAAG